ACAACAACAACAAAAAAAAACACAGUCGUGAAUAAUGAUAUGAGUUACUGAGCUCAUUAGCCUCGUAGUUGAAUUUACAAAUUAGAUUGGGGGAGUGGAUUGAACAUGUCAGCUAACUGAUUGAUUAACUAAUCCACAUAAAUGGUGGCACGUUUGCUCAAGAGAGAAGUGAAGUGCACUUUCAGAAGCCAGUGAUGGAGAAAGAAGCCAUAAUUUCUAAGCUGCACUUGAAGUUUGCAAAGAAGACUUGGAAGGACACUUUUCAGCUCGUCCGAAGAUGCAUGGAGAAAUCCAGAGAUAAAUCCAAACCCUGUAAGCAACUGGUUAGAUGCCUGGAAAGACUCCAGGAAGAGUUUGAUGUGUCCUCUAUGAAUACCAUGAGGUCCCGCCUUGAAAUGAUUGCCAGACAACAACAAAUGGGUUUUCACUUCACUGGGGCCACAUGCUACCUGACUGCUGAUUUAUUCUACCUGGAAGUUUUAUUGCUGCCAUGUGGAGGAGUGGAGGAGGUAAAGGUGGCCCCACAUGGACAGUCCCCUGUUCCCAGUGAGUCUCUUCUUCAGCUGCUGAGGUGCAAAUGUUUCGCUGAUUUCUCUGUGAAGCUGGGAGGCCUCUUCGCCCACUACAGCAUCCCUGGAGACAAUGACAUUAAAUUAAAAUUGUUGGCAUCUCUACAACACCUCGGGAAAGACUUGCAGCAAAUAUCACAGUUUCCAAGGCCACCUGCACACUGUGACCCCAAAAUGGACAUAAUUAACAACGGCAGCAUUGGAUAUCUAAAAGAAGAUGAUCCUUUAACUAUUCAGUUCUAUGUGCCCCCAACGGAUACAAUGAAGACAUCAGAUUCACAAACGACAGAUUUGGAAGCGGCUGUCCAGGCAGCCCAUGUUACCGUAGGCUCCAGCGCCGUGCCUCACCAGCUUCAGAUGGCGUCUUUGGUCCCGCAGCCUCCGCAGCUGGAUCCUCAGGGUCAUCCCAUGUUUGCUCCACUGAGCGAGGUGCCAAAUGAGAUGCUGCCGGCCUGUUUUCUGCUCAGACUGCAGCCAGCAAUACCAGUGAUGUUGUCUUUUGUGAAGAAGCUCAACCAAAUUACUGAUGUGGCUGUACCAGAUGUUGACCUGCAGUGGGCACCCUUACCCAAGCUUCUGAUGGGAGGUUCACUAAGUGCAAACAGCCACUGGGAGAAAUUAGAUGAACAGGAGAGUAUUUUCACAGUGCCUCUUCCUGGUGGUGUGAUGCAUAGUUAUAUUCUCCCUGGAGCUGCCUGGAAUAUGCCUGCUCACGGAGGGAUUGUGGUGGACAGGGUUGCGUUCACCCACCCUGCUCAUGUGUCGGCACUCGUGGAUGUGCUGCGUCACCAGUGUGCCAUUAACACCCUGCUGAGGAGCUGUUUCUCCGUUCGGUGCUCCGGUCCAGGUUUGUUUUGCGAUCUGCAUUUUGAAGUCCGACCAGAGUCUGACAGCAGCUUUUCUGUGACCUUCCAGCAACCCAACGUUGACUCCCUUGCUGUUUUGCUGGUGAACGUGUCGAGUCCUCAUGAGAUUACCUGCACCUUGUUUGGAAGAGGAACAUUUGAUCCCUCCAUAAAUGAAUACAUCUCCACUGUUAUGAAGAGGUGUAUGUCAAUUCCUGUGACAAUGAACACAUUAAACAGCAAGCUCGAGGAGAUCACCUCUGCCCCACUUUCUCCCAGGCGCCCGGCCACCACAGAAGCCGAAAAUGACCACUCGGCUUCCUCGAGUGCAGCUGCGACGGACACCAACCGAGGCUCGGACACGUUCUCUCAGGGUUCAGCGGUGCCAGAGGACAGCUUCGGUGUCUCUGCUUCGGCUUGCUUUGUGCUAUCUGCAGCCACAUCCGAGCUUCCUCCUGAAAUAAACACGAGCCCUCCUGUCAGCCCUCAUCCACUUACUCCUGCGGAAGGUGUUUCCACCUUCGACGAGCAAGAUCUGAUCUGAACCUGUAUGUGAAACCCAAAAAACACUUUUUCAAUCUGUAAAAUAUCAGUUUGUCACCCACCAGAUCAGUACACACAGGGAAGUUGUACUGCAUAACUUGCGUUUUGGCUUAGAGAUGCUGAUUUGUGACUGCACAACGUUGAAUUUGUGAGUGCAUGAUCACAUCCAUCUCCAAGUGUUUCUUACUAUGCAUUCCAGUGUGGCAGAGAUUGCUGGCUGUAAAGGUUUGAGGUUUGGCAUUUGACCUCAGCCAGCCAAGAGCCCAGUUGAUUGGUACCAUGUGAGCCAAUCAAACAUAGCUAAAGUCCGUGAUGCAUUCUUGAUGGCUUGUAAAAAUAAACUAGAGAUCUACGCAUUAAAAAUAAAAAAUAGCUCCUAGGGACGCAUAAAUAACAUCAAGGACACGGCUUGUUUGCAUGCACGGCUCCAAAAUGUAUCAUGUAGCUAUUAACCACUCAGUCACUUUUUCCUUUUAAGAAAAUAAAGUUUUUUGCAAUAAAGACUUUUGGUGUGAAAGUGUGGGAGUGGAAUACCUCUGUGGAGUGGAAAAUCUCUUGAUUAGUGUCGAGCACGG